ACAGCCUGGACCGAAUAGACCAGCCACCACCGCUCACUCCCCACUCUCUCCUCCUACUCGUCGGCGGCAAUGGCCAAGGGCGGCGGUUGCCUUUCCAAGAGCCAGCGCCUCUCACCCCCGCUGGGCCCGCACCGACGCGAAUUUCAUCCCUGCCCCCGCCGCACCGGCGCCGCGCCCGGUCCGCAUCUACGUCGUCUUCUACACCAUGUAGGGCCACGUCGGCGCCUCGCGCGCCGUGCAGUCCGGGAUGGGCUCCAUCCCCGAUGCCCCCGGGAUCGCGUUCCGCGCCGCGGAGACCCGGCCCACCCCGUGCUCGCCCGGAUGGCGCUGACGGACGCCGGUGAGAUGAAUAUGGGGGAACCCCCGCGGUGGACCACGACGGCUUCUUCUUCGCCACCGAGCUCCAGGCCAUCUUCCGCUGCGCCGCUGCCACCCUCGCUGCCGCGGGCCUCGAUACAGGGGAUUCUGCCGAAUUAUUUCAGCUCAGAGUGGUCAUUUGCUUAGAUUGAUUUACCAGAAGUCUUACAUCUUAACUUUUGGUGCUCAGAACAUUGUACUGAUCCUUGAUGGCAGGUACUCAGCAGUUACCUUUAAGAACAUUGUACUUAUGCAUCUCUAUUUCAAACUCGUCGGGGCCGAAUUUUGCGACCAUGGCGGUGGUGAAAGCCUCCCUUGUGGGUGUGCGGUGCUGCUGGCGAUACGCUUGUGCGCCACAUGGUCACCCCGUGGCUGAUCGGCACGCGGUACAACUCAAAAUAGGCCACACACCGAUCAAUCCAGAGCUUGGGUGCUACGCCGGUGAACCUUGGGAAGUCGUGCUUGGGGGGCUUGACGUAGUGGUCCUCCACUAGCGGUGCGGGCGGGUAGGCUGGCGGUUGCCCGUGUGGAGAGGAACGCGUCAUCGGUGGCACCUCCGUGAGCGUGACGGUGGGUCUUGUAGGAAACAACGGCGGCCCGUCGUUGACCAGCCGCGCAAAUCGGUCGAAUCCGUUGGAUCCACGCGGCUCGCGUGUGAGUCCCCCCAAACCCCCCUGUGUUACUGAAGUAAAGCAUUCGUAGGCACUGAAGUAAAAGGUGUUGGUGAACGUUGCAGAAAACAAAAAAUUUCCUACGGUUUCACCAAGAUCCAUCUAUGAGUUCAUCUAGCAACGAGUGAUCGGAUCCAUCUACAUACCUUUGUAGAUCGCGAGCGGAAGCGUUCAAA